CUGAGAUAUUGGAAAUCGUAAUAACCUGGUUAGUAAGUAACAUGGUUACGCCGAAUAUUUAUCCUAUGAAGCCUUAUCCUUCUACAACAACACUCUGUUCUCAAAUUAAUCAUCAGUCGACAGGAAUUGGACAUAAUGAAUUUAAUUAUGGUUAUCAAGAUUCUAAUCACAUUACUACUGCUAAUAACAGCAACAACGUUAACAUUAACAAUAAUAAUUAUGAACAUGGGAACAAUAAUACCUUUACACAAUUUGACUUUCUAUUACACAAUCCCCUGAAUGGUAGUCUUAUUAGUCAAUCACAACAGCUCAAUUCGACAAAUGGCCCGUCUAUGGCGUUAUUUCCUGAGAAUGACAAUGGCAACAGGCCUCCUCCUACUACUGCUGCGGCUGUAAGCCCUAAUUUCUCAAAACUGAUAACGCCAUCAUCAGUUGGAUGUCUUUAUUCAUCAAAUAGCAAAUUGUCAUUUGAAAAUCAUCAAGAAACUGAUGAAUUUAAACAAACUUUCCCAUUGUCAAACAACAAUAAUAAUAUUGAAACAUUGAAUGCACAACAGACUAGUCAAAAUCAUGCCUAUUUAGAGAAUAAUCUGCUGUUGACAGGUGUAUCGGAUUAUUCAACUACUUCUGAUUGCAUUGAUAGGCAUAGUGGUCAUUUGAAAUCAAAAGAAAUCAAAGAAACGAAGUCAGCUUAUACAACGUCGAAUGGCACAAAUCAUGAUACCCCGUUAAUUCCCCUAAUUAAUCCAGUUGUUUGGAAUUCAACAAACUGGAAACAUUUGGCCGCAAUAGCACAGAAUUCAUGUCAACAGACACUUCACACGCCUUUAGCAUAUAAUCAAAUGUUAAUUACGUCUAACAAUCAUAAUGAUAAAAGUAUGAAUAUGAAAGCUGAUUCUGUGGAAGAGAUGAUACAGUCAAAAACUUUAUUCUCGCAUCAAAUAUCGACACAGAACACCAAUCUACCUGUUUUACCUUCAGUCAACUAUCCAGUGGCAACCAACAGUCAGUUGUCUAGUUAUUUUACAAAGAAUUCUAAACCUUCACCAGAUUUCAAUAAGAUCGCCUUGCUACCAUCAUUGUUGGGAGAUCAUCCAUACCCAUCGGCUUCGCUAACAUCACUUGACAAUUCUGAAUCAAUAUUCAAACGUAAUUUUAACUAUUAUGAGAAUAAUAUCCUUCAAUAUACUACUGCCAGCAUCACAACUAACAUAACUGAUUCGGAGGCAGUCCAAUCAAGCAACAAUUGUACAUUGGAUGCUUCAUUUCGAAAUUUUCACCAGGAUUGUGAAAAACAAUUGCCCAAUGAUUAUAAUUCUGAAGAUAUUAACAACAGUCAUCAAGGCCGAAUAAAACUGUCAGAAAAUAAUCAUAGUCAGAGGUGUAUUGAAGACAACUCAGUCAACCCAAUGUUAAAUGACCAGUGUUCAAUGGAUGUUUCGAAUUUUAUCCAAGCACCAAAUAAUCCGAGAGAAAUUGAUAAAGUUUCAGAUCAUUCCCAAUACAAGAUCCAUCCAGAUGAAUUGAUGCUACAAUCAUUAACUUCAAAAUACGGAUCAGUAGUGAAUAGUGACUUUUCAAAACCACAUGUACCGUUCAGUUUUAAUCCGGCGCCAAUAAAUAAUCACUUAUAUUAUAACACCAUGACAACGAAUUCAAACGAAUCAGAUUCAUAUGAAGAUGAACUAUCUAUCAAUCCAUAUCAUGAUGCUAAUUUCAGCGUUAAAACUUCAAAUAACAAUAAGAAUGAUAUCAGUAAGCCUGCUAAUUUAGAUAAUUCAGCUAUGGCUAUUCAUUCAACAGGUAACACACUACAACCGAGUCCCGUAUUAUCAAAUUUAUGUUUAAGUAUUACAAAUCUACACGAAAAACGUAAACAAAGAAGAAUUCGUACAACAUUUACUAGUUUUCAAUUGAAAGAACUUGAAAAAGCCUUUCAAGAAACACAUUAUCCUGAUAUUUAUACUCGAGAAGAUUUGGCGCUGCGAAUCGAUCUUACUGAGGCUAGAGUUCAGGUUUGGUUUCAAAAUCGACGUGCCAAGUUCCGUAAAACUGAACGUGUUGUUCAGCCUAACAGCUCAGCGACGACGACGGCGACACCAACAAUCACAACACCAACUGCAACGUCAGGAGUAAUCACAUCAACUCUAUCGACUACAAAUAUAACAACACCAACAACCUGUAUAAAUCACACUGACGUAAAUCUUCCUUCACCAACAAGAAUUCAACAUUUAACGCUGAAUAAUAAUAGCUCAAUAUAUAAUGAAAAAUCCCAGUUUAUUCCUUCAACCAGUGACCAAUACACUCCUAUGCACCAUAUGAAAAAUACCCAAAAUGAAGGCAUGUUACACCGAAGUGUUGACAGUCAAUUUCAACACUACCAACCAUCAGAACAUCUAGAAGGUGAAGGUAUCUAUUCACAAGAAACAAUUGAAACGUAUAAUAAAGUAAAAGGGAAUGAAUUAAUCAAUACUGCUGAAAAACACUAUCCACCACUGACAGAUCCUUUUUGUUCAAUGAUAUCGAAACCGCCAAAUGUAUUUCAAAGUAUUCCAAUCAAUCCAGACAACAAGCUGUACACUGAUUGGAGUAAUUCAGCCUCAGACUGUUUUAGAGAAAUCAGCUAUACAGACAAUCAUAGUAGUGGUAUACACCCAUUGUAUAAGUUAAGUCAAGCGUGUAGACAAGUUGACAGACUGCUGAUUGGUGAGGCACAAGAGGCGGUGAACACUUUCAAUAGUAACAAUAAAAAGUCUUCAGGGAAACAACAGAAAUUAAUUGAGAGAAAAAGUAGAAAUUGUCAGUAUUGAACAUUGCAACAGAAACA